AUGUCUAUUAUCCAAAAACACACUCACUCCUUACAAGAACUCAACCCUGAGAAGGAAAGUUGGAAUAUCGUUGCAAGAGUUGGUGUCCUAAUCCAUGCAUCUGUUAGACGCACAUUGAUAUACAAAUUCCAGUAUGAAAUCAAAGAGGAUAAGGUUUACACCAUUCAAUCUUUUAGUGUUUCAUGUAAUGGUGGUUCUUAUAGAACUACAAAUCACGCCUAUAAGAUCAACUUCCAAUUUGAAACCAAGGUCAAUAUGGUUGAAAGUACCUUAGUUUCGAAAACUAGAACUUCAUACACCCCUUUUUCAACAAUCAUAGCUGCUAGUUUUGACACAGAUUACUUAGUUAAUGUCAUUGGAAUGUUUACUGGUGUUGGAACAGAGAGGGAGCUAGAGAAAGCUGGUAAGAAAACCAAAAUAAAUGUCAUCUAUAUUGAAGCUGAUGGGAUGUGGGAUAGUACUGAAUCUCCUUCUCAACCUCUUACCCAACUUUGUGCUUCUUCUAAAGUUAGCUUAAAAGAUGAUUUCAUUAAGCUGCAUCCUAGGAGUUCAAUUGAAGGUCUCAAAGAUUUUAAACAGGAAAGUACUUUUGUAGUAAAGGCUACUAUCAAACAUGUGCUAGAUCAUGAUGAUUGGUGGUAUAAACUGAAACUUCGUGUAAUUGAUGCUACGGAUUCUACAACUUUUGUUGUAUUUGAUCGUGAUGCAGGUGCAAUGUUGAAGAAAUCAUGCUCUGAUAUUCUUGACUUACAAUACAAGGAUCUAUACUCUGCAAAUGAAGAAGAAAGCAAAGUAAAUGAGCGAACAAAUCAAAUCUCAUCUGAUUCCAUUGUAGAGGAUUUGCUGAUCAAAUUCACAGAAGAAUCAAAUGAUGUUGAGACUCUAAGUGAUCAUUUGAACAAUAUAGUAUCAAGCCAUGUUCCUGCAAAAGAAUCCUUGAAAAAUAAAGAUGUAAUUGAUGUUGAAAUUGAUGAGUUAACCCGCAAAGAAUCAUCUCAUCUGGACAAUCUUGAUUUGGCUACUCAACCACUUGUCCCAGCACUUAAAAGACAAAGUCGAUCUAUGGUUCAAGAAAACAAGAAGAUUCCAGUGAAGAUGUUGAAGAAGAAUAUCAAGAUUGAAAAGUGA